AUGGCCACUGUCACCGUUCGUCCUCCUCCGCUAACUUCAACUUCGGAGCCACCUCCUCUUUUCGACGGAACCACCAGGUUGUACAUCAGUUAUACUUGCCCCUUUGCACAACGUGUAUGGAUCACUAGGAACUACAAGGGACUACAAGACAAGAUCGAAUUGGUUCCUAUUGAUCUUCAAAACAGGCCUGCGUGGUAUAAGGAAAAAGUUUAUUCGGAGAAUAAGGUGCCAUCUUUGGAGCACAAUGGCAAGGUAUUGGGAGAAAGUCUUGAUUUAAUCAAAUAUGUUGAUGCCAACUUUGAAGGAACACCUCUCUCUCCCAAUGAUCCUGACAAAAAAGAGUUUGCUGAGCAGUUGUUAUCCCAUGUUGAUACCUUUCUCAAAGAUUUGUUCAGCUCAUUCAAAGGGGAUACUGUGCAACAAGCCAGUUCUGCUCUUGAAUACUUGGAGAAUGCCCUUGGUAAAUUUGAUGAUGGCCCGUUCCUUCUUGGUCAAUUCAGUUUGGUGGAUAUUGCGUACAUUCCGUUCGUAGAAAGAUUCCACAUUGUCCUUCCUGAGUUGUUCAAGUAUGACAUAACAGAAGGAAGACCUAAACUUGCAACAUGGAUUGAGGAGCUGAACAAGAUUGAUGCUUAUACACAGACAAAAGUGGAUCCUCAAGAAACCGUUGAUACUUACAAGAAACGUUUUCUGCCUCAACAGUGA